ACCAAAGAUUACCCUCUAUAUCAUAAUCAACUGCGAGAGUCCCUCCCAAUCUGAAAAUAUUAAAAAAAAUAAUAAAAAAAUAAAAAAAAUAGAGAAACUGAUAAUAAUUCUGCAAAAAUGGAAAUACCAGCUCAAUCUCUGUCUCAUGCCAAACUUCCGAAGCCUCAAUUCCCAAGCAGCUUCAAUACCAAAGCCUCCCUUUUCGCUUCAAGUUCUGUCCCCAAUAAGACCACUAUUCUAACGCAGUUUCAAGGUGUUAAAAUUAAGGCACGACAGUUGAAGAAUUUAGGCGUCGUUUUUGCUAAUUCUGAGGCCCAAAGUCCUCCCGCAGACGUUGCUAAUAAUGAUAGAUGGCUCCUUGAACCUGUCGGUGAUGGAGAUACUAGACACAUAGGCUUUAAGGUUGCAAUGCCAAAUGCAUUUGAAAUUGCUUCUGAUGAGGUUACAGUUGGUCGUCUUCCGGAUAAAGCCGAUUUGGUGAUUCCGGUUGCUACAGUAUCGGCUCGGCACGCUCGGAUUCAAAAGAAGGCGGGUAGUCUGGUGGUCACAGAUUUGGAUAGCACCAAUGGCACUUUCAUCAACGACAAACGGCUAGCACCUGGAGUAGCUGCCACUGUAUCUCCUGGAAGUUAUAUUACGUUUGGAGAUAUCCACUUGGCUAUAUUUCGUGCGUCAAAACUAGAGAGGACUGUGGAAUCUCCAAGUAAUUCGGAAGGAGGAUCUGAUCAAGUAGACACUGAUAGUCCUCCCACUGAGAACACUUGAAGCGAAUGUCGUUCAUGGUGAAAUAGGUGCUAAGGGUAUCAAUUAAUGUUUAUUUUUUCAUUUUUCUAUGGAAAAUAUUUCUAAAGUUUGGCAAAUAAAAUCAUGGAAUGAGCGGAUUAAAAAUAUGUGUAUUUUAAAAGACAACAAUAACAACAAAAGAGAGAGAGCCGGAGACAGAUGUGUUCAAUAUUAGCGAGUUUUUAUUUUUUAUUUUUAUUUUUAUUGCUGGUCAAAAUGAGAUUUAUUGAGAAAGCUUUGAGGGCA